AUGGAUCUGCUGCAGAAGAGUAAAUACAGCCACCUCCGGAACGAGUCAGUCUCCUCCCUGGAGGAGGCAGUGGCCGGCGUGGGGUCCCCAGGGUCCCCAGUGGAGUCCCUCGUCGCCAUGCAGUCCCUGCCCGGCUCCCUGUCGUCCUCCUCCCUCAGCCCCAUGCUGCCCAUCGGGGAGCUCUCGUCGGAGUCCGAGGACAGCCCCACCACCCUGUGCUCCUUCUUCCCCAAAAUGGCCAACCUGAAGCUCUCCUACCCCACCAACCUGCUCAGCCUGCGGGGCUUCUCGGCCGUCGGCAUGAAGGAGGCGGGGAGCCUCGGGGAGCUGGGUGCCCCCGGCCCCGAUUCAGCGGGGCCUGUCGCUGUCUGUCCCCAGGAUAUGAACAAGCUGAGCUGCGGGAAGAAGACGCGGGUGGAAGGCGGCCAGCUGGGGGGCGACGAAUGGACCCGCCACGGCAGCUUCGUCAAUAAGCCCACCCGCGGCUGGCUGCACCCCGACGACAAGGUCAUGGGCCCCGGCGUCUCCUACCUCGUCAGGUACAUGGGCUGCGUGGAAGUUCUCCAGUCCAUGCGGGCGCUGGAUUUCAACACCAGGACUCAGGUCACCAGGGAGGCGAUCAGCCUGGUGUGCGAGGCAGUGCCCGGUGCCAAAGGAGCCAUCCGGAGGAGGAAGCCCUGCGGCCGCUCACUGAACUCCAUCCUGGGCAAGAGCAACCUCAAGUUUGCCGGCAUGCCCAUCACCCUCACAAUCUCCACCAGCAGCCUCAACCUCAUGGCAUCCGACUGCAAACAGAUCAUCGCCAACCAUCACAUGCAGUCCAUCUCCUUCGCCUCAGGGGGGGACCCGGACACUGCAGAGUACGUUGCCUACGUUGCCAAAGACCCCGUCAAUCAGAGAGCCUGCCAUAUCCUGGAGUGCCCCGAGGGCCUGGCGCAGGACGUGAUCAGCACCAUUGGGCAGGCCUUCGAGCUGCGCUUCAAGCAGUACUUGAAAAACCCCCCAAAGCUCGUAACUCCCCAUGACAGGAUGGCUGGGUUCGACGGCUCGGCCUGGGACGAGGAGGAGGAAGAGCCAUCGGACCACCAGUACUACAACGACUUCCCCGGCAAAGAGCCGCCCCUCGGGGGCGUGGUGGACAUGCGGCUGCGUGACGGCGCCAGCGUGGCACAGACGCCCAAUCACCUGGGGGCAACGCUGCCUGUGGGCCAGAUGUCCAGCGCAGAGCACGACACCCGGAAGCAGCACCCUCCUGCCCAAGCCCCCCUCCAUGCAGGAAGGGAUAAAUACGCCCCCAGCGCCGGCCCAGCCCUCCGCACCGAUCUGUUUGACGACCCGUCCUACGUCAACGUGCAGAACCUGGACAGGUCGCGCCAGGCCUCUGCCGCCAGCAUCCCGGGCACGGCCAACGGCAGUGCCCAGCGAGACCUCUUCGACAUGAAGCCCUUCGAGGACGCCCUGCGUGUCCCGCCCACGGUGCCGGUGGGGCUGCCGCCGGCCCAGCUCCUGGCCUCCAUGGAGGAGCAGCUGCGGCGGGAGCCCUGGUACCACGGGAAGAUGAGCCGCAAGGAGGCGGAGAAGCUGCUGAAGGUGAACGGGGACUUCCUGGUGCGGGAGAGCACCACCACACCGGGCCAGUACGUGCUGACUGGGCUGCAGGGCGGGCAGCCCAAGCACCUGCUGCUGGUCGACCCCGAGGGAGUGGUGCGGACGAAGGAUCAUCGCUUUGAGAGCGUCAGUCACCUGAUCAGCUACCACAUGGACAAUCACCUGCCCAUCAUCUCGGCGGGCAGCGAGCUGUGCCUACAGCAGCCCGUGGAGAGGAGACUGUGA